AUGAGGAUUUUUCAUGGGUUUUCUGUAAAACCUGAUGUUUUGAUGAUUUUGAAAAAGAUUUAUGAAAUUCGGUCUAAGGUAAAAGUUAGGCUGUUCAAAUGGAGGAUAUACUACGGCAAGUUUCUUCAGUCAAGGACAUUACCUAAUUCUCAAUGCAGAAAAAUGGCUGCAAUCUCCUCCUGUCUCCGGUACCUCUCCAAACCAUCUGAGCUUCACAAUUCCUCCUCGCCAACCACUAAAAACCUAUCAAUUUUCAAUCGUUUACCAGCCUCACUACCUCGACGCCACUUCAAACUCACUGUGCAGUUUCCUCUGAAACCACCCUCAGUCUCUUCUCUCUUCAUUAAACCCCACAAACCCCUCCAGCACAAUUUCUGCGACAACUCAGUAAAAUGCCUUUUCACGGGCAUAGUUGAAGAAAUGGGCACUGUUAAAAAUCUGGGCUUUGACCAAAACAAUAGUUUCACCGUGAAGAUCCAGGCAAAGGUCAUGCUUGAAGACAUUCACUUGGGAGAUAGCAUCUCGAUCAAUGGAACUUGCUUGACAGUUACAGAAUUCGACAAUGUUUUAUCCGAAUUCUGUGUUGGGUUA